AUGCCGAAGUCCGACCAAACCAUCCCUGCACCACUGCGCGAGGCACUCUUCGAGUGCUUCGACGCCGCCACCCGACUAGUCCGGAAGAGCUUGCGUCGUCAACUAGUUCUAGUAGGCGGCGCAGCCAGCAUUGCCCACUCUUCGGGUGUCUCUUCUGGCGCCAAAAGCUUCAGUCUCGAGUCCGACGGCAAGAUCGCGUUCGAUGUUCCUCAAGGCUUCCGUGUCCGACUCGACCUCAUCGAAAUCGGUAACGGAUGCAUCGAACGGAUCCACGUGGCAGAGCCCUUCCGAGGUGCUUCUGUCGCGUCCAUGUCGUAUCUCCUGAGGCUUCGGGCCGUGACGGUGGUUGAACGUGGGAGUGAUGGUGAGGUCGACGACUUUCGAUGGCUGUUGGAGUGUGUGGCAAGAGAGGGUCAAGUUCUUCCAGGGCUGGACGAUCAAGAGCUGGAGUAUGUGAUGGGUGCCGGGGCCUGCUUGGGGGUACUGGAUCGCUUGGUGUUGACAGCCGUUUUGGGCGCCAACAAUGGCGCGGUCGCUUGCGACCUUCUUUAA